GGGCAGAGAGAAGAGGCCGUCAAAUUUGAGAUGGUCUCGAACAGCUCAGCGCAUGACGCAGAUGCAAAGCGGCCCACGCUGCUUGAAGCGAGGCUUAAAACCGCAAGCACUUAAAAUAACAGAGUAUCAGCAACUUAAUCCACAAGCUCGCAGAGGAGGCGCGCUGUUUAUCCCCGUGUUGGACAUCGGUGACUAAGAAAAGAAACAGAGCGAGGAGGAGGAGGAAGGCCGGGAACACAUCACUCACAGUGAACACAAGGAAGCCCCGAAGAGAGUCCAAGGAACUUGCAGAAAGAAGACAGAAUAUUAAGUCACAAAGAGGCCAUUUUAGUUACAUCUGAAGCUCAUGAAAGCACAAAAGCAGGUAUGAGCCAUGCUGGAAACGGCUCCUCCAUGAAUCAAAACUCGGAAAGUCGAAGCCGUUAUGAGACACCAGCACUUUCUGAAUUGCAGAGGCUAGUUUGGAGCAGAGGAGGAUCCGACAACCAUGUGGAUCAAGUGUGGCCAAACCUCUACCUUGGAGACGCAUGGGCAGCUCGAAGCAAAGCCAUUCUGCAGAGCCUCGGCAUCACCCACAUCCUCAACGCAGCAGACGGGCCAUACAACAUCAACACAGGCGCUCGAUAUUACAGAGAUCUGCCAGUCGUGUACUACGGGGUGCAGGCGUUUGACGACACCUCGUUUGAUAUCAGCGUCUUCUUCCAGGAUGCUGCGAAUUUCAUCCACAAUGCCUUGAAGGCUACAGGAGGCAAGGUAUUUGUCCACUGUGCCAUGGGGUUAAGCCGCUCAGCCACUUUAGUGCUGGCUUAUUUGAUGAUCCAUGAAAACCUGACACUCGUGGAGGCCUUAAAAUCGGUGGAUUCAAACCGAGGGAUCUGCCCAAACACAGGGUUCCUCAUCCAGCUACGAGCCCUGGACAUCAGAUUAAAUAAUGAGAAGAGAGGUGCCUUGGCACUCUGAGGAAAACAUAGUCAUGCAAGCCCUAUAAAGACAGGCAAUGAUGCAGCACCAACGCUCAAUUUGGAAUAACUACUUCAAAACUGCAAAGCUUUUACUUCAAUCCCACACAACACGCUAGAUGGCCAGUGUCCUGCACUUCUAGGUAUGCAUGAUAAAUGAUGGCUCCUCGAUAGAGUACAACAUUGGUUUGCUGGACUUGAGUGGGAUCACACUGGUUAUUUAGGGAUCCCAUAUUUUGAAGAGUGAAAAAGAGGACACAUUUGCUGGCACCUGGGGCAGGGGGCGAGGAGGG